AUGUUUGAAAGUCAACGCUUGCGAUUCCCUCCUACUCUCCCUUCUUCAAUCAAUCAACAGCAAGCUUCAUCAAACAAUAAACCGCCUCCAGCAUCACUGAUCAGACCAUCCUCCUUUCAACGCCUAGGAACUCCCACCAUCACACUCCCCACUAAUUCCGUCUCGUUUCCAUCAUCCAACAAUGGCUUGAGAUUAUCAAAGCCUUCCUCCUCCAGUGUUAAUCCAUCACCAACUAAUACUAUUAGCAAUGUUGGAUCAUCAUUGACGAGUUGUAGUUCUGCCCCUGGUCUCUUGAUGAAUCGUCCGAGUAGAAGUUUAUCAAAGCCUAAUCUUGUUUUUCCUUCAUCAUCUUUUAAUACAAUUAAUAAUAAUACAAUUAAUACAAAUGAAUUAGGUUUUAGUAGUGGAAAUCAAAUGCUCAUGAUGCCUACUAAUGGGAAUAACUUGCUAGAUAUUCCAAGUACUAAUAAUAAUAAUCAAAUUGGUUCAUUGUCAUCCUCACCACAACAAUCCUUUGGUUUGAGUUCUUCACCUACUGUGAAUAGUAUGACCUUUUCGGUGUAUUCAUCACCAUCGACUAGUUGCUCUCCUUCCUCAAUUAUUACCUCCUCCAAUAAUCAGGGUUUUCCAUCUUUGAGUGUUUCACCUUCUAAUAGUUUCCAAUCUCCAAUUGCCAUUAAUACUCAUAAUAAUAACAAUCAAAGUGGAAUUCAAGAUUCAACACAACAACCAACAUCAACAGAGGAAAGGGUCAUUGUUGAUUUUGAGGAAUUUGAAGCUGCAAAGGAGAAUAUCAUUCCUCUGAAAGGUGGUAGAAAGGCCACUGAUUUGAGGAGAAUAUUUGGUAAACAACCUUUACAGGAAAUUAAGCCACUCCAGCCAAUCAUGCUACCUGGAAGUGGUUCUGUGUCUACAUCACUCCAGAGUCCACCAACCCUUUGUACAUCAUUUAAUGGUAGCAGUAGCUCUACAUCUUUCAAUCCACUCAUGACUGCUUCGAAUAAUGUGAAUGCUUGCUCGACUCCAAUGUCUCCUACUGGAAUGUUUUCACCAACCUCGUGUAUGAAUAGUAGUUUUAAUGGAUUUAACACAAUUGUGGCAUUAUCAGCACCUGGGGAGGAUGAUUGUGCCAUGACAGAUGCCAGUCCAAUACCACAACAAGGAAAGCCACAUUUCAAUUUUUCCAAUCUCACCAAAUCAAAGGUGUGCUUUGAUAAUCACAAUAUGAAACCAAAACUUUCAGUGGAGAGAAAACAAUUUGAGAAGAGAAUUGCAUCCUUGUCGAAUCAUUUAGAUCCAAUCACUGUUUGGUUGGAAUAUGUAGAGUGGAUUGAAAAGAGUUAUCCAACACUUAGUAAGGCUUCUCAAUACGUUCCAACUCUGCAAGCAUGUACAAAGUUUAUUCUCUCCAAUCAACAAUUAUUGGAAAGAUAUAGGAAUGAUGAACGAUAUCUGGGAGUUUGGCUCAAAUAUGCAGACCAGUGUUUGGACCCAAUUGAUGUCUUUACAUUUUUGGAGUCUAAAAAGAUUUGUCUCAAUCAUUCUGAACUGUACAUUAGAUGGGCCACCCUAUUGGAAGAUCGAAAGGAUUUGAAAGCAGCUGAUGCUGUUCUUGAACAGGGUAUCAAUAGAGGAGCUCAACCUGCAAAAUCUCUACAAACUUUCCACACUGGUGUGAAGGCUCGUUUCAUGAAGAGUAUUCUAAACAGGACUGCCUCAUCCACUUCCUCAACAACCAUGGCAAGCUCAACAAUUCAAACAGCACCACCAAUGAUUGGAGGACACAACCCGCAGAGUGCUACUGAUUCCAACAACCAGAGAUUACCUUUCAAUAGCCUAGCCAAGAAACCAACCUCAAUAAGACCAACAACUGCCAUACCCAGUGGACCCCUAAGAUCAGGACCUCCAAUUCCUUCCAUGAAACCAACUAAAAUGAAAAAUAGCAAUGCCAGUCUCUCUCAGAAGAAUUCACCAAUUAAUAACUUUGUGAUUUAUGAUGAAUCGAAUGGAAGUGCUGAAAAGAUUGCCCAUGCCGCCACAACUAGAACUCUACCUUUCCAAAUUCCAAAAGAACUAACAUCUAUGGGACCUCGAUUCUUGACAAGUGAACAAGAGCAAGAAAAGGAAAAUAAUGAGAAACCUGACAAGUGGACAAAUUACUCACUACCACAACAAAACGAUGACAUGAUGUUGGGGAUGUUGCAACCAAUUGGUGCUUCAAUUUCAAAACCUGCUAGCCACUUUUCUAUAUUCGUUGACGAAGAGUUCAAAUGA